AUGAAUAAUUUUUCUGGUCUUUUGAAGAUCACCGACCUAAGCAAAGAAGGGGUGGAGACUGGUUUGGAAGCAAGACAACUAUAUGUUGGUGGAGAAAUAGUAGAUAUAAAGGUAGCAGAUGUGGAAAAAAUUUCUUUAAAUUACAUAGAAUCAGCUGUUAAAAAGCUUCUGCUACAUAGAGAAUUAGUAAAAAUACACUAUAAAGUACCAGAAGCGAGUAUAAAUGACAAUGUAGCAAAAAGUGGAGCAAAGAAAAGUCAAAGAAAUGAUGAUAAUGAUAUAUUUGAUAUCACAUUAGAUGAUUGUGGUCCAACAGUAGCAGGUUUAGUAAAUGCAAACACUGAGAAAGAAAGAAAUGAUAAUGAUAAGAAUGAGAAAGAAAAUGUGGGAAUGGUGUCCGGAGUAACAACUACUCAGUCCUCUUUAGUUGAAGAAAUAAAUGCCAUUCUCGGCAGUUUGGGAAAGGAAAAUUGUGAGGAAAUUGAAGAUGAGAUAUUAGGAACAAUUCCUGAAGAGCUUCUUAGUGGACAAAAUAUUUUUAUUGCACAUGAGGAAGGAGACAGAGAACCAUAUCGUGUAGAAAAUAAUUGGGAUGGUCAAGAAGCAACAGAUCACGAAACUGUUCAAGAAGAAAAUGCAGAAAAUAGUGCAAACAUUGUGUUACAACACGUUGAAGAUUUAAACGUGGGAAUUGAAGAUGUAAAUCUAGAAAAUGGAGAAGAUCCAUAUUUAAUUGAUUGUGAAUGGCUAUCUGAUGAUGAUGAGGAGUUACAAGAAGCGAGGAAUGCUGUAAAAGAAUCAAAUAGCAGAAGGAUAAGAAUUGGGGAUGUUAUGGUUAAUGAACCUCCGAGACAAGCAAGUGCACUACCAUCAUUUCAGAGAGGCGAAGAAGACGACACUAAUGAGAAUGAGUUAGAUUCUGAUGAUGAAUGGAGUGCAAUAAGCACAGAUGGUAGCGAUUGUGACCAUGCAGUAAGGAGAAAAAGUAGAUUCCCCGUGUUUGACUCAAAAGCUGAAAAGAUAAACAUAUGUUUAGGCAUGAUAUUUAAAGGACCAGGAGAAUUUAAAGAAGUUGUAACAAGAUUUUCAAUUCAAGAAAAAAGGGAUUUGAAGUUAAUUAGGAACACAUCUGAUCAAGUCAGAUUUAAAUGUAAGGAAACAUUUUGCCCUUUUGUGUUGUAUGCAUCUAGAGAGAAGGCUAAUAGUGCUUUUAUGGUGAAGACGUUUAUCGAAGGACACACUUGUGGUAUUACCUCAACUAACAGAAGAGUAACAGGUAUGUGGCUUGCUCAAAAUUAUUUGAAUAAGUAUCAUUGUAUAGCUUCCAUGAAAGUCACAGAUCUCAUUAAAUUAGUGAAGACAGACCUGAAAGUGGAUAUUUCAUUCACACAGAUGAGAAGAGCAAAAGUGAAAACAAUAAAGAUAGUCGAGGGUGAUGUGUUUGAAGAAUUUGGUUUACUAUGGGAUUAUUUUGGGUGAAAUAGAAAGAUCAAAUUCACGAAACACGGUUGCGAUUAAAGUACAUAAACCUAUUCAAGCCCAACUUCCAAUUUUUGAUAGAUUAUACAUAUCUUUUGAUUGUUUGAAGAAAGGGUUUCUAGGUGGAUGUCGAAAAAUAUUUGGCUUAGAUGGAUGCUAUUUAAGAGGACUUGUAAAGGGAGAAAUUUUAGCUGCUGUUGGUAGGGAUGGAAACAAUCAAAUGUUUCCCAUCGCUUGGUCUGUUGUCAAUAGAGAGAAUUAUGCUAAUUGGGAGUGGUUCAUCAAAAUGUUGAUAAAAGAUUUAGAUUUGGAAGAUGAAGAUGGCUGGACACUAGUUACAGAUCAACAAAAGGAAUUAUUGGAUGUAGUAGGCACUCUAUUACCAAAAGCAGAACACAGAUUUUGUGCAAGGCAUUUGCAUGCAAAUUGGCGAAAGGAACAGAAAGGAAAGCCACUACAAAAGCAGUUUUGGAUUUGUGCAAAGUCCAACAACAUGCCUGAUUUUGAACAAAACAUGAAAGAGCUGAAAAAAGUUAACUCCAAAAGGGUUUGAAGAUAUUCUACGUACUCAUCCUAGGCACUGGUGUAGAGCCUACUUUAACACUGAGGUAAAGUGUGAUAUUGUAGAUAACAACUUGAUUGAGAGCUUUAAUGGUCAAAUUGUAGAUGCUAGGUCAAAAAAUGUGUUGUCUAUGUUAGAGGAUAUUAGAAAAUUGGUGAUGAAUAGACUUAGAAAGAACCGAGAUACUUGUGAUAAAUGGAUAUGUGAUUUUGGACCUAGAAUUAAAAAGAAACUUUAUGAAAGUUGUUUGGGUAGCACUUCAUGUCACUUGCUAGAUAAUGGUAAUAAUGCAUUUGAGAUUGAGUAAAAAGGUGACACAUACUCUGUGGACCUUAAAAAACGUACGUGUCUAUGUAGAGGUUGGGAUUUAACUGGUACUCCUUGUGUUCAUGUUGUUUGUGCAAUACAACACCAAGGUAAAAAUCCUGAGGAUUUUGUUCAUAGCUACUUUGGGAAAGAAAGAUACAUGCAAGCAUACUCAUUCAUGAUGAGUCUCAUGAAUAGUAAGAAAUUUUGGAAGAAAACAGAUAAUGAUCCUCCACAGCCACCGCCUGAUCGGAGGAUGCCCGGUAGACCAGCAAAGAAAAGGAGAAUGGAAGAGCAUGAACUAAGAAAUGGACAUAAAUUGUCAAGAAAUGGGAGAAUAAUGACUUGUCAACGAUGCUAUCAGGUUGGACAUAAUAGGAAAACAUGUAAGUAUGUGAAAGAAAAUAAUUCAUACCAAGCAAAUCAACCUAACCUUCCUGAAAAAGUUGUGGUUGCGUCGCAGCCAAUUGAGUCUCAACAAGAUCAUUCACUUGAAAAUUUUGUAAGUAUCUUACAUUUUUAUUAUAAUAUAGAGCUUGCAUGUUUUGUUAUUUGGUUGAAUGCUUUACACUUGCUUACAGCCUUAGUAUCUAUAAUUGAAGUGAAUAUAUGCUUGUUUAACUAUUACGCAAGAAGUCAUUCAACAACAUAUGUAAAUCAAUAUACUGCCUCGUCACUUAGUAAGCAUUCAUAUUCACAAGCUUCAAGACCAAGUUUGCAACCAAAGCUGAUUCCUUAUAGUAAAAAAAGAAAGGUUUGUUAUGAUAUUGCUAUUAAGGGCCCAAAACCCAUAUCUGAUCUUCAGAUUAGGCAUCCAUAUGGAUAUGGUGUGCAAACAGAUGAGUAUAAUGUCAUAACUCUCAAUGUAAGUGUUUUAUUUUUGGCAAUAUGUGUAGUUAUUGUAUAUGUAUUCUUAAGGUCUGAUUUUAUAUUUUUAAAUAAACUUCAGCCAAGAACAACAGUAGAAAAUGUAAUAGUUAUAGGAAAAAGAAGGUCUGGAAAGGAACCAGAACCGAGCUUUAUGACAAGUAAGACAGAUGGAUUUAAAAAUGGGGAAAGAAAUUUAUAACUUCCAAUCAGUUACAGGUAUAAUUAAAUCUUUAUUUCUUUUUCUUCUAAUGUUGUUGUUUGCUU